UAAAUAAAGAACAUAUGGAAUAAAUCCAUAUCUAAAUGUUGUCUUGGCCACUGACAUAACUGUGCUUAUUCUUUGCUUCGUUUCUGUUGAUACAGAAGGCAUCUUGCACCAAAUUUUACGAAAUUAGUUAGAAAUCAGUUGUUGCCGGAAGUACAAUAGACCUUGAUGCGCAUGCGUCGGGAAACAUUUCAAAAUGGCUGCGCCCAUGAGACACAUGGAUCACAACCCUGUUAAAGUGUAUUUUCCUCUCAAAUCUGGAGCAAGCUUAGUGAAGACGAAACCUGUGUUUUCUUUAGACGAAAAGUGGCUGUUUGUGUGCUCUGGAUCAGUAAUUAAAGUUUUCAGUAUCUCAAGUGGGGAAUGUGUACGUGAGUUACGUGGACACAGGAACUAUGUCACAGGCAUUGUCAUACAUCCUCUUAACAAACUCCAGCUUGUCUCCUGUUCUUUGGAUCAAAAGAUUAUUGUUUGGGACUAUUCAGAUGGCGUACUUUUACGGGAGAUCCAUGUUGACAGCAAACUGUAUGCAUUAUAUACAAUCAAGGAUCAUGAAAUGCUUUACCUGCUUCAGCAGAAUCCAUCUAAUAAAACAGCAUGUGACCUUGUUAUGAGGACUAUUAAGAAAUUGAAAGGGCCACCCAGAAGUACAUGUUUAUUUCAAAGAUGUUCAACAGAUUGUAGGAAAACUUGCAUUGGUCCAAAGGUAAGAGAUCAUGUUAAAGAAUUUUUAACAGUUUUGACACAUCUCUGUUGA